AUGCAAGAUGCUUCUCCGCAGUUGGCAGGUCAAGGAGAGAGAGAUUCCGCUCCCGCAGUGCCUCCGGCGCCGGCGCCACCUGCAGAGGGAGCUGCUGAAGCACCAGAUGCGCUGAAUCGCACCGGCUCUUUUGCAGAGGCCACAGCACAAGAAGUGCCGCCUGGUGGGCUGCUCCACCUGCAGGUGUCUGUGCAGCUCGGUGACUACUGGCUACAAGCAUAUGGGUUUCUGACUCUUGUGUUACAGAUCGGCAAAGCCGCAAAGUUCGACUAUCCCCCAGGUUGGAGUUGGACGGAGCUAUCCGUGCUGGUGCUUUACUUUGCUGUCUUGCAGCUGCAUCGCGUAGCGGGAUGCUUUGCGAACAGGGCACAGAAUGCUCUUUCUACCGGCUGUUUCCUGGCGCUGACGGCUGUGCUUGUCCUCGUGACGGGAUACUUCGGGGCCUUGCAGGUCUAUGUGCUUCAAGUUGAAUUCGCGACGGGAAUCGUGUCUCUGUCUAUUCUUGGCUGUCAGCUUGUACUGGGCAUCUUCGCUGGUCAAAGAUACUCGAAGAGGCUGCUCGACGUCGUCUUGCUCUGCUCCUGCGCAGCUCUCGCAGUGAUCGCUCUGGUGUCGGCCAGCAUUCUGGAUGCGACAGCUCACACACUGGGCGCCGGGCAGAUGCAAUUUUCAUUGGCUGCUGGAUUGACUCUUGCACUCUUUGGUUUGCUUAUGGCACUCGUAGCUGGAUGCUGUUUAGUGCGUGACGUGUAG